AAAUAUCCAGAUCGAUACCCUGAGAAGUAUCCGGAUCGUUAUCCUGGGGACAGACACCCCGACAGAUACCCAGAGAGGUAUCCACUGAACAAUCAAUAUCCCAUAGGAGCAGCGGGAGAUACGUUUCCAGAUCCCGUCGACCGUUAUCCAGUCAGCGAUCGUUUCCCGAUCGAUCGCUAUCCAUCCUCUGACAGAUAUCCGAUUCCUGAGCGAUUUCCAAUAAGAGGCAGCGAUCGUCGUCCCGUGCCUCACGACAGAUACCCUGUCCCUGACCCCGCGAUAGACAGAUAUCCAACAGGUGGUGGGAGAUAUCCGACUGGACUCGGCGGGCGAUACCCGAUACCACCGAGUCGUUAUCCCACUGACAGCGACCGAUAUCCGAACGCGAUAGAUCGGUACCCCGUCCCAGAGGAACCAUUAGAUCGUUAUCCCUCUGGUAUCGGUGUCGGCAGACCUCCGGUUGAUCGAUAUCCCAUCAGCGAGAGAUAUCCUGAUAAGGAUAUUUAUCCCAAUCG